CGGCAGGGCGCGCGACGGGGGUAUGUUUGCCGGGAGGAUGGUUUGGGAUAUAUAAGGGUUGGGUUGCCAGUGGUUGGGGGUUCUUCUUGCUAUUAACGCAUUUGCUUGCUUUUUUGUAUAUUUACUCGUUUGGUUUUCUCAGUCAUUGGCUUUGGACACCAUGGCUGCAGCUCAACCACUCUCAUGGCAAAGUAUCGCCGCCAGAAAGCAAAAGGAAAUCUACGAUGCUAUACCGUCAGCAUGGAUCGUCGACAAGUCCCUCCUCGUCGGCCACAAUUUGACAGAUCUACCCAAGAAAUGCCCACAUAUCAUGUCGAAAGAAGAGCUCUUCAUCACCGAAUCUCGCGCCGUGGACAUUCUCUCUCGAAUCCGUGCAAGGAAAUGGACGUCUUACCAAGUGACUCUGGCCUUUUGCAAACGCGCUGCUUUGGCUCAUCAAGCUACUAAUUGCCUGGCAUUGAUCAUGUUCGACUCUGCUCUGGAAGAGGCGAAGAAACUGGACGCCUAUAUGGAAAAGCACGGUAAACCUAUUGGUCCACUCCACGGCCUACCCAUCUCGGUCAAGGAACAUAUCUAUCUCGCAAACACACCUGCGACUUCCGGACUCAUUUCCUGGGCGGACGCUCCCAGCCCCCACGACGCUCUCAUCUGCAAGAUCUUCCGACAAGCAGGCGCGGUCUUCCACGUCAAGACCACCAACCCACAAACCCUCAUGGCGUUGGAAACACACUCCAACCUCUUCGGCCGCACGUCCAACCCCUUCAACACUUCCCUCACCUCAGGCGGCAGCUCGGGCGGCGAAUCCGCACUCGUAGCCAUGCGCGGCUCUCCACUAGGAAUCGGCACGGAUAUCGGCGGCUCCAUCCGCGGGCCCUCUGGUUUCUGCGGCGGCUGGGGCUUGAAAGCCUCGGUAGCGCGAAUCCCCCAUUCAGGACUUAGCGGCCUGCACGCAGGUAUGGAGAAUAUAAUCGGCUGUGUGGGUCCCAUGGCCAAUUCGCUGGCUGAUUUGAGGUUGUUCUGCUCGGUGGCGUUGGCGAAGGAACCUUGGGAUGAAGAACCUAGUUUGAUUGAUAUUCCAUGGCGGAAUACUACUGCUGCGGACUUGCCUAAAAGACUUAGGAUAGGGGUUAUGUUCAAUGACUGUGCUGUGUUGCCUCAUCCACCCAUCACUCGCGCUUUACGUCACACGGUCGCAAAGCUCCGCGCAGCAGGACAUGAGAUUGUGGAAUGGAAUCCUCAACAUCACGCUUCCCUCCUCUCCUGGAUAAACAAAGCUUACUUCCUCGACGGCGGCGACGAGUACAAGUCCACCCUCCUGCAAGAAAGCGACCCUCCCGUCCCUAUAAUCCAAUGGCUUCUCGACUCCGAAGCCAAUACCCGCCACACCAUUGAAGAAACCUGGACAUUAAACUCCACAAGGGAUAAAUUGCGCACGGCAUUUUCGUUGCAGUGGAAGGAAGCAGGCAUAGAUGCGCUGUUAUGUCCUGUAAACGCUAGUUGUGCUUCUGCGCACGACGAGAGUAAGUAUUGGGGUUACACUGCUGUGUUUAACGCUACUGAUUUGCCUGGCGUGGUGUUUCCGGUGACGGAGGUGAGGGAGACAGAUACAUGGGAAGAGGGGACUGUGCCGGUGCAAGGGGAGAAGGAUGCCAUGUACCGCAAGUUCUGGGACGAAGGGGGAGCGGGCAAGUAUAAAGAUGCACCGGUGAAUUUACAGUUGGUGGGUAAGAGACUGAGGGAGGAGAGAUUGCUGGCUGUUGCGGAGGUUGUGGAGGGGUGUUUGAAAGAGGACAAGCAGAGUGUACAGAAGGUUCGAAACCCUGUGCAGAAGGAGGAGAUGGUGCAGAGUAGACUCUGAUCCAAAGGUGACAGGAUAUAUCAAAAGCGAAAAUAUUACUCAUUCCGGUUGUCAUAUAGCGCAGC